ACCAUUGAUGUGGUAGAAGUUGAACAACCAUCUCAAGCAGUCAGCAAACUACCAGAUGUUCACGAAACGGAAGUCACUCCUCUCCUUGGACGCAACCCCACAUCCCAAAACGGAGCAGCACUCGAUGAUGGCCGAUGCCAGAUGAGCUCUCGCACCAUUUUAAUCAUCAUAGGAGUAUUGAUAUUGAUUGUCCAGUGUGGCGAUCAAUUCUCGGACGCACCCUUGACAAGGGUUUUCGAAUCCAUUUACUGCUAUCAAUACUGGGAACGUGAAGACUCUACCAAAAUUCUGAUACCUAGAUCUGCUGUGGGACCUGGUGCACUUGGUGGUGUUGAAGAGCGAUGGUGUAAGGUGGCCGAGGUGCAAGGCCAAGUUGCGAUGCUGAAAGGUUACCAGCAGUUCCUCGAGUGCAUACCAAUUGGUAUUCUAGCGGACCGAUGGGGCAGGAAACCAAUUCUGGUGAUUGGUCUAUGUGCCUUCCCUCUCAAAAUCGCGUGGCAACUGUUUCGUCGAGCAAUCUUGUACUCGGUCCAUUAUGGACGCUUUGUUAACGUUCAGUCAGGUUGGUUUUGGCAAAGUUUCAACUUGCGAGUCUCUUGGUUCUCAGCGUUGCAUGCCCUUCUUUUUGGAGGUUCUCCAGUCUUAUCAGCUCUGUUCUUUGUCGUCAUCUCGGACAUCACCAACCAGGAUUCGAGGUCUGCCGUUCUCUUGCGCAUCUUCUCUGCCAACCUCACAGGUAAUCUUGUCUGUCCACCUUUGGUGUCUUGGAUUAUGACACGCAACCCUAUGGCAGCAGUGUUCUUCGGUAUAGGAUGCUUUUGCGCUGGAGUUCCAUUAUCCCUCUGGAUUCCGGAGACACUCGGAUAUCGGCAGGUCAUCAAACCAGAUGAAGAACGCAGCGACGAGGAAGAGUCACAAUCAACAUCAAAGUAUCAAGUCAAGAACUUCUUGGAACAAUGCUACAAGCCUCUGGGCGAAUCCACCGAGUACUUCCUGCACGACAAACGAGUCGCUAUCUUGAUCAUAACCUUCGUCCCAACCAUGUUGACGAUUACUAUUGUGCCUCUUCUUCUACAAUAUGCGAGUUCGCGAUAUGACAUGACUUUUGCCAGCGCAACACUGCUGUUGACAGUCAGAGCUGGAGUGACCAUCCUCAUGUUUUUAUGCAUGCAAUCUUGGGUCUAUCGCCUCCUCGCCGAUGCCGGUAUGAACGGACAANAGAGAGAUCUUUUUCUUGCUCGCGGGAGCGCUGGUCUAAUGCUUGUUGGCUGGAUCGCCAUAGGCCUCUCUCCCAAUGCCAUCUUCUUCACCGGAUCGCUGAUGGUUGCAACCAUAGGGNGUGGCUUCCCGGUCUACCUUCGCUCCUUCUUGACAGGUUUAGUCGAGCCGAACAGGGUUGCAGAGCUCUACACUAUCAUCGGUGUCGUCGACACUUUGGGUUUGAUGAUCGGGNGCCCUCUACUCGCUUGGCUUUUCGAGAGAGGCAUGCAACUCGGAGGUCUAUCUAUAGGUUUACCUUUUGUUGUGUUGGGUCUUAUCUACGCCGUGGUGGCGUCGUUCCUGCUGAGAAUUGGCCACCACAAGCGUAAAGUAAUGGAAGAAGGUACUGAA